AGGUGUAGUAGUUAUAGUGAAUUAAGUACAUACAGUCAAUAUGGAUUCAGUAAGGACUACGUACAUUCAUAAGGAUAUAGAGCCAUUUUAUGUUGGAGGAGCUUCUGCCACAAUCUCUUCCAAUGGAGAAAUAUUGGCAACUCCAUUGAAUGAAGAUGUCAUUGUAACUAAUUUAUAUACUAAUGAAAUAUUGCAUAAAAUAGAAGGAGAUGGAGAAUUAAUAACAAAUAUUGUUAUAACUCCAGAUGGAACUAAAUUGGCUAUAUUAUCUCAAUCUCAACAAUUACGUAUAUUUGAUGUAAAUCAAGGAGAAAUUAUAAAAUCAUUUAAAUUACCAUCUCCAUGUUAUAUAUCUACUGCCGAUAUUACAUCAUCAUUAUUUGCAUUUGGAGGUUCAGAUGGUGUUAUUACCGUAUGGGAUAUAGAAGGAGGUUAUGUAACACAUUCUUUAAAGGGUCAUGGUACUACUGUUUGUUCCUUAGCAUUUUAUGGAGAAUUAAAUUCAACUGAAUGGAAAUUAGCUAGUGGAGAUAUUAUGGGAACAGUAAAGAUUUGGGAUUUAGUUAAAAGAAAAUGUAUUGUCACAAGUAAUGAACAUAAUAGUGCUGUAAGAGGAGUAGGAUUUAGUGAAGGGGGUGAAUAUUUCAUGACUGGUGGUAGAGAUGAUAUUGCCAUAAUUUAUAAUACUAAAAAUUAUAAACCAAUAAAUACUUAUCUGAUAAAUGAACAAAUUGAAUGUGGUGGAUUCUUAACUUUAAGAAAUAAUAAGGAAUACUUUUAUACUGCUGGAGCUGAAAAUAUUUUAAAAGUUUGGAAUAUUCAUACUGGGAAUUUAGUGGCUCAAUCGAAGACUCCUUUCAAAACUAAUGAAGAAUUAGUUAUUAUUGAUACUAUAAAAUUGGAUAAUGAUGAUAUCAUACUAAUAGUAAGUGAUCAAACUUUAAUACAUUUAAACUUACAAGAUACUUAUGAUAUUGAACCAGGUAUGGAACUUCCAAUUGCUAAAAGAAUAGCAGGAAAUCAUGGAAUUAUUGCUGAUAUAAGAUAUGUAGGACCAAACUUUGAUUUAAUAGCUUUAGCUACUAAUUCUCCUGCCUUAAGAAUAGUUGAUACUACUAAACCAUUAGAAUUAAAAUUAUAUGAGGGUCAUAAAGAUCUUUUAAAUGCUUUAGAUGUUUCAACUAAUGGUAAAUGGAUAGCAACUGCUUCUAAAGACAAUGAAGCUAUCUUAUGGAAAUGGGAUGAAGAAGAAGAAGAAUUCGGACUCUAUGCUAGAUUUCAAGGUCAUGCAGGUUCUGUUAGUGCUAUAGCAUUAUCAAGAUCUGAUGAAUCUCCUAAAUUUUUAAUUACUGGUUCAACUGAUUUCACAAUUAAAAAAUGGAAAAUCCCAUCCCAAGCUAACACAAUAGUGAAAACUUCAGAUUAUACAAGAAGAGCUCAUGAAAAGGAUAUUAAUUCAAUAGACAUCUCACCUAAUGACGAAUAUUUUGCAUCUGCAUCAUUUGAUAAACUUGGAAAGAUUUGGAAUACUGAAAGUGGUGAAACAAUUGGGGUAUUGAAAGGUCAUAAAAGAGGUUUAUGGGAUAUAAAUUUUUAUAAAUUUGAUAAAUUGAUUGUUACUGCUAGUGGUGAUAAGACUGUCAAAGUAUGGUCUUUAAAUGAUUUUACAUGUUUGAAAACAUUUGAAGGACAUACUAAUUCAGUUCAAAGAGUUAAAUUCUUUAAUAGAAAUAGUCCACAAUUAUUAUCUACAGGUGCAGAUGGAUUAGUGAAACUUUGGGAUUAUAAGUCAGGAGAAACCAUUAAGACAUUUGAUAAUCAUGAUAAUAGAAUCUGGUCUAUUGAUAUAAAGGAAGAUGGUGCUGAAUUUGUCACAGCUGAUGCUGAUGGAAAAAUCAGUCAAUGGGAAGAUAAUACUGAAGAAGAGAUAAGACAAAAGGAACAAAAUCAAAAGUUAAAAGUUGAACAAGAACAAAGUUUAUCUAAUUAUAUUAAUUCUAAAGAUUGGCCUAAUGCAUUCUUAUUGGCUCUUACCUUGGAUCAUUCUAUGAGAUUAUACAAUGUUCUUAGAUCUUGUAUAGAAACCAAUGAUGAUCCAUCUUCAACCAUUGGUUCAAAAGUAUUGGAAUCAACCAUUAUCAGUUUAUCUGAUGAACAAUUAAUCCGAUUAUUUACAAAAGUAAGAGAUUGGAAUGUCAACUUCAAAUAUUUUGAAAUCAGUCAAAAAUUGAUUUCCGUAGUCAUUCUGAAUAUUGAAGAUGAAAAGCUCGCUGAAAUUAAGGGCUUAAUGAAAAUCAUCGAUUCUAUAAUUCCCUAUAGUGAACGUCAUUUCACUAGAAUCGAUGACUUAAUAGAACAAAGUUAUAUUUUGGACUAUGCCGUGGAACAAAUGAAUAAGUCCAUUGCCUAAUUCAGAUCUCUUGUAUAGACUGCAAAUAUAUUUAAUUCGCACUUUUUCUACCCUGUAAACUUUUGCAAUUUGCUUCUUUUGGCAACAUAGUCAAAAGUGGUGGUCUAGUUGAACUGAUUAACCAACAAUAUCAUUGAAAGAUAGUCAGGGCACCAUAUGUAUUCCGCAAUUCCUCACUCUUCGUCUUUUACCGCUGAGGAAAUCAGACAGAGAAAGUUUACCAAGAGAGGAUUAAGUCUUAAUGUCCUUCUAGUGGGAGAGAAUG